ACUGUUACUUUUUCACCGGGUCGACGUCAAAUAAUUGGAUUCCGAUAAUACCUCGGUGGGGACAUUGCCGGUUCGCGAAUUUAUUAUAUUGUUGCAAAUCUAGUAACAACAGUAAGUUGUCUGUGUUUUUCUAAUUAACGGAUUCAAAAUGUUUUCCAUCGGACGUAAUCUCAUGACAGUUGCAAGGCAACAAGCAUUAGCAGCAGCCGGCACCAGAUCAAAACACACAUUGCCCCAAUUACCAUACGAUUAUGCUGCUCUGGAGCCAAUUAUUUGCCGUGAAAUCAUGGAGCUUCAUCAUACAAAGCAUCACCAAACUUAUGUAAACAACCUGAAUGCAGCUGAAGAGCAACUAGCUGAAGCCGUUGCCAAGAAAGAUCCAUCAAAAAUAAUUGCCUUGGGUGGCGCUUUGAAGUUCAACGGUGGCGGACAUAUCAAUCACACAAUUUUCUGGCAAAAUUUGACUCCAAACCGCACUGAUCCGUCAGCAGAGUUGAAAGAAGCCAUCAAUCAGAGCUUUGGAUCUUUUGAGAAUUUCAAGAAAGAACUAACAACUCUGACAGUUGCCAUUCAAGGCUCUGGUUGGGGAUGGUUGGGAUACAACAAGAAAUCUAAGCGUCUACAGUUGGCAGCUUGCGCUAAUCAGGAUCCUUUGGAAGCUACAACAGGAUUGGUUCCACUUUUUGGCAUUGAUGUUUGGGAACACGCUUACUACUUACAAUAUAAAAACGUACGGCCUUCAUAUGUUGAGGCAAUUUAUGAAAUCGCCAACUGGAAGGAUAUCUCUGACAGGUUUCACUGCGCUAAGCAAUAAAUUGUAAUGACAGUGAAAGGAUACAAGGAAAAUUGUUUAGGAAUUAUAACAGCUCCCUCUCUUGUUCGAAGUUGCGAAAAGAAACCGCGACUGCAUUUGAGUUUCAAGAAAGCAAGAAUAGGAUCAUUUAAAAUGAUGCAUUUGAAUUUUAUACUAUCCUGAGUGGUACACAGAAAUACAAAAAUAAAAAAAAAA